CCGUGUGACACUCGUUGUGCUUCGGCCAUUCUAAGUACAAUUAUAAAUACGAGUGAACAUCGAGACAGCCAGUCUAGCUCGUUGACGCCAUGAAAGCGACACCACCUCACAGUUCAGGCGCGCGCCAGAACCGGUUUUGCGUUCAUUCUGCACUCACGUGGAGUCCAAUUUAUUUAUUUAUUUUUCCUUUAGCUCUUUGGCAGAAUUACGGAGCAUCGACGGAGGACCUUCGAGAUGCAAAACUGACCCUGCAACUACCCCACAAUCUCCAGGGUAAAAAUGUCAGGGCAAACUAAACUGCAAAGAGGGUAAUAUCACAGAACUCUGCUAUCCCUUCGAUGUCAGAAAGCUAACAAAAAUGGAAGCUGAAAACGUACACCCUCUUUCCAGAAGGUUAGUGAUGCCACAAAAUGCUUUUUAUUUCGGUUUUUUUUCAGUGGGUAGGGCAGGACAUGUUAUAGAACGAGGCUGACGCGUGGCUACGAGGUUAUUCCGGCGCGCUUGAAGAGCGUUCAAUGGACCGCAAAUAACAGGCGACAAGGUAGUUUGCCCAUUUGCCAAACAUUCAGUGGCUUCAUUUUCUACCCUGGAGUAUGCACCAUGACUUCCGCAUGUCCUAAGGGGGAAAAACGUCUGCGACCUGAAAUUAAUGGCAGAAUAGCAAAGGCUGAUUACUGUAGAAAGCUGUCAAACUAGCUCCUCGAGAAGGGGACCGUAGACUGCAUAAGUCACUCACCAUAACGUUAUAUCGCUAUAACAUUACAUCUUAUUGAGCCUUUGUAUUAUGAGCAAAGACUGACACAAACUCCAAAACCUAAAAGCAGAAUCAGAUGUAGCCAUUAGGCGCAGUUCGUCUUUAUGACUAAGAACAAGCAAUGUCUAACUGACAAAACGUUAAGAGUAUAAUAUCCAAAACCGGGCAGGACAAUCAUUCUGUACUGCAACAAUGCUAACUGGCUUACAUGAAGUGCUCAACUAGCUGGCAUGUUGAGUCCAACUAGUUAAAUAAACAGCUAGUCAUCCAUUUCGAUACCUUUGAGAAACAAAAUUAGUUUAACGGCUUAAAAACACACAGGACGCGGACACUCCUGGCUACUGAGCUCAAGCUAGUUGUUCUAGCGAACCCGCUCGCCGGACCUACUCUGAGGUUAACUACGCUAACGUCUCCCCCCCAAAGCCAGUAUGAUUGCAUUAUUGUUACAUAAGUUGCAAAGAUUGGGCGGGACUGAUAGGAAUCAAGCAAGUAGCCUAUUCAUCUUGCAAAAAGUUGCUUUAACUUUCGCUCUAUGCGCCUCUAUAAAGAUGUCUUCGUAACGUUAGCAUUAGCAAGCCAUUGGUGAUUUGAUGUUGUCAGGCUUGUGCUAGCAAGCUAGCCCUGGUACCUAUAACUCCCAAGCACCACUUAUUUUAGUGAUGUUCGGAAUAAAAACGCGCCCUUGUCUGUCUAGACUGAUACUCACAUGUUCGGGUUUUUCUUGAACGCGUUGUUGAUGUCUUUCACAACUCUCUGAACCAAGACGUCCACCUCCUCCUCCGAUUCUGCCAUUUUUCAGAGCGCCAAUGACGUGACAACGGCGCAUCACAUCCGGGUAACGCAGAGGAGCCAUAACCCCGCCCAUUAAGUGACCGACCAGCUCUCCACCAAUCAAUACACUGGAGGUUGGAGGCCCGUCAAGGAACUACUCCUGGCAGAGAGCCAAGUGGACGUCACAGAAUUCAAUUUUACAUUUUUACUCGUGCGGAAAACAGCAUUACGUUCAUUUGCUAGCUCCAAACUAGAACGAUCUAUCUUAAUAUAUGUGUGAUAUGAUAUGUAUGGAUUAAACUUUGACUGAAUCUGAUCAAAUAGUAGCAUUUUUAUGUAUUUAAUGAAUUCUGAUGAUGGUGAUUGUGAUGAUUAUAUCUUAAAUAUCAGAGAGAAUUUGAAUUGAGGGAGAGAGAGCGAGGGAACCUGGCAGCGCAAUAUAUUUCAUUUCACAUACAUUUAAGUGAGUGAUACCAAAACAUAUAUAUGUAUUUAUUUCUAAUAGGCCUACUUUACAAUAUACACAAAAUACUCCUAUCACUAUUUUAUUUUAUUCUAACUUGCAAUUGUAAUUGUAGGAGUAGGGUACUAAUUAUCGCUCAUGCUUUAUUCUUUUUAUUGGGAUGUUUCUCGUUUGCUUUGACAAUAUUUACCAUGUGUAGGUAAUUUCCCGCAAGUAGCCUAAAGCACAUUGAAUUUAAUUUAAAUUGAGAAAUUGUGUGGUUAAUAUGCCAACAUUUCCGUUAAUAUAACAUUUCUUUGUUAAUUCUCAAUUUUUUUCAAAAACACUUGUCAUUAUUUGGCGAAAAUAAUCAGCUGCGAGGAUGCAACAUAAAAUUUAAAAUAGCUAAUAAAAAGAACGGCAGGUGUAACUUACCCUCACCAUAGUAACAGACUGGUUCCAUUACCAACCUCUUAAAGGUUUUAAGUGUCGCAGUUGUCAAGGCCGACGAACAAGUUGGUCACUAACGUUAUUUAGCCUAGGCUACGCAACGUCGGCUGAAUAGCUUUAAGAACGGUUUUAUGCUUGACAAAACAUUUCAAAAGCACCACUCGCUCCGUCCUUCGCUCAAAAAGAGUUAAGAGGAUAAGUGGAGACAAUGAAACUCAAUAUCUGGAACUAAAAGAAGUUGGAGUCGACGAAACUUAUAUUUUGGUUGCAAAUAACGGAUUAAUUUACAAGCUUCCAACAUGCCUUACAGCAAUGGUACACUUGUUUCGGACUGGCACAAAGCCAGACAAGCCGAGCCGAAAGAUUAUGACCUCGCUGCAGUGCCUGAGGGGAAAAAAUCAUUGCACAAGUCCACCUACAGACAUUUUGGAACCAGUGGUAAUAUCUGUUGGAGCACUACCACGGGAGAACAUUUGUCACAAUGCCUUAUGAAAAAACAGUACGAAGACGUGGUGACGCGCAGAUCGAUGUUGCAUGCGGAUCUCUUCCACGCAUUUGUCUCGAACAGGGAGACGCAUAUUCGGAAAGCAGGCCACAAUGCUGUCUUGCCGCGUCACCACCCGGAGCAUAACCUAAUUGACCUGAAGACCACAUAUGUCCAGGCUUACCCGCCCACUGACACUCACGACAAACAGGAAACCAAAGUGACACAUGAUCAACCAGAGGUUUCCAGCAAAUUCAGGAAGCAAAUUUCCCAGUUCACUGAUGCGGCGGACUACCGUCGGCUGGGCCGGAACACUUGGCAGGACGACAGGGAUAAUCGCAGAACGGCCAUGUUUAAACCCACCAAUCCCAUGGGCCUGUAGAUUUACCCACCUCACUAGCACCCCCUGGUGCAUGAACUCAUACCUGCAGAGAGGAGCUGCAACAUGUUAACCAUGGACGGACGUAUCAACACAGAGGAUCAGUGGUUCUAAUGGUUAUUUUAUCAUUUGCCUCGAACACUUUAUCUUGUUCGGAUUUAUGCCAUAAAAACCACUAAUAUUCCAGGUUUUUUCCAUGUACUAGUCUUCACAGACAGCUCAAAUACUGGCUCAAACACUGUUUCUCACAGAGACACAACUACAAUCUACUGUUAUAUGACUGGAGAGUUAGGAGUUAUAUCAAUAAUCAGUCAAUAUAAUCAAUAAUCAAUAAAUGUCAUCUGAGAAGUGCGCUACACUGCCAAUCCUGUAAGGGGUGCUGUUCAAAUCAAGACAUUCAGGUUUAGCAAAAACAUUUCUCCAGACUACAAGUACCUUAAUAGUAGUCCCCAAAAGAGAUUUGUAAUUAGAGAGUAAAAGGUUUCCAACUAA